CUAGUUAACGGCGCUGGCUAGCUAACGUUAGCGAUGUUGCAAACAUGUAGCAUUUUCUAUGGAAAUUGAUUAAUUUUGAUACUCUUCCCUCCAUAGCUGUGUCAACAUAAUACUAAUAGAUGUAUAUACCAGUCGUUUGGCAGUAAUUUGUAGUUUUCGUCUAAUUAUAGCCAACUGGGAACCACAGAGUGUUUGUGUUUGGGUUAGCUAGCCGACAUCGGCUACGUCGUUUGCUAUGUAGGUUAGUUACUUAGCUUUAGCUCGAGUCGGUAGCAUGAGCAAAAACUAAUUAAGGAGGAAGAUCAUAGGUUUAUUGAUAGUUUCACCGUGCUCGAUAAUUGGAGAGUUUACAUAGAAUACACGAAUAUAAUCGCGUUUUAAUUGUGCCGUUUAUUCUCACUGACUGAGAAUCGGGUUAGCUAGCACCACAAGCUACAUACUUAACGGUAACUUAGCCAUGUAAACUAAGGCUUCGAUCGACUGCCUCUACAAACAUUGUUUUCCAGGUGAAACAAAGUGGGCAUUAUUAAAGGGGCUCCAUAGCACUUGGAUCUGUUCUUCUCUGUCCCAGGUUCAUUCUGCUUGGUCUAUGGCUCUGAUGGACAAACACAAACAGGUCAAGCGACAGAGACUUGACCGCAUUUGUGAGGGUAUCCGACCCCCAAUCCUAAACGGGCCGAUGCAUCCACGGCCAUUGGUGGCCCUGCUUGAUGGGCGUGACUGCACUGUAGAAAUGCCCAUCCUCAAAGAUGUGGCUACAGUGGCCUUCUGUGAUGCCCAGUCCACACAAGAGAUUCAUGAGAAGGUGCUAAAUGAGGCAGUGGCUGCGCUGCUGUACCACACAAUCACUCUGUCCAGAGAUGACUUGGAAAAGUUUAAAGGCUUACGAGUAAUUGUCAGGAUUGGCUCUGGAUUUGACAAUGUUGACGUCAAAGCAGCUGCUGAGUUAGGCAUAGCUGUCUGUAACGUACCAGCAGCUUCAGUGGAAGAGACAGCCGAUACUUCGUUAUGUCUGAUCCUUAACUUGUAUAGGCGAGUCACCUGGAUGCACCAGGCCCUGAGGGAGGGGACCCGGGCCUCCAGUGUUGAGCAGAUCAGGGAGGUGGCAGGUGGUGCUGCUCGCAUCCGAGGAGAGACACUGGGCAUUAUUGGUCUUGGGCGUGUUGGCCAAGCGGUGGCUCUGAGGGCCAAGGCUUUUGGUUUUGGUGUGAUCUUCUAUGACCCGUAUCUGCCCGAUGGUGUAGAGCGCUCACUGGGCCUGCAGCGAAUGGCGACUCUCCAGGACCUGCUCAUCCACUCUGACUGUGUAUCCCUGCACUGCAGCCUCAACGAGCACAACCACCACCUCAUUAAUGACUUCACCAUCAAACAGAUGCGUCAGGGAGCCUUUUUGGUGAACACGUCGAGAGGGGGUCUGGUUGAUGAGAAAGCACUGGCUCAGGCCCUGAAGGAGGGCCGGAUACGAGGGGCUGCCCUGGAUGUCCACGAGACCGAACCAUUCACUUUUUCAACAGGCCCUCUGAAGGAUGCUCCUAACCUGAUCUGUACCCCGCACACAUCUUGGUACAGUGAGCAGGCCUCUGUUGAGGCUCGUGAAGAGGCAGCCAGGGAAGUACGCCGUGCCAUCACUGGGCGUAUCCCUGACAGUCUGAAGAACUGUGUGAAUAAGGAGUAUCUGAUGGCAGCCUCUCAGUGGCCCAGCAUGGAGGCAGCCACUGUUCACCCAGAACUCAAUGGAGCUACCUAUAGAUUUCCUCCAGGUCUGAUCAAUGUUGCAGCAGCAGGGGGUCUCCCAGGAGCAGGUGCUGGGGUUGAAAGCCUGGUCUCAGGACCCCUGCCCCAUGGCAUCGCCCCUGUCUCCCACCCCCCUCAUGCCCCCUCUCCGGGGCAGCCCACUAAAGCUGAAGCCGACAGAGACAUCCCCUCCGACCAAUAGCCCCCCCUGCCGCCGCCAGCACAUUCCGUCACCAAUGGAAACCAACCCCUAACCCCCCACCCCCCAGACACAGCCCGACCCUCCAGUGCAUCGGCAGCACCAGUUUGACCUGACGUGGAUCUACACAGUCCUGUUUCUCAGAUCACAUAACCAGCCCAGGAGUGACCUAUCCACAGCCCCUUCCCACCACCAUCACCAUGUCCCAUCCACACCUCCAGAACACACACAUCCUCCAUCCUUCCUCCCUCAUAUCAUCCACACACCUGCCCCUCCCUCCCCCACAACGUCAGCAAUAACUGUGUUCUCAAGGAUUCAGUGAUCGGAUCGGUUUAUUUCCUCAUUUGGCUGUUGUUUUAAUGGAAAAGUUGAUCUGUUGUGGUUUUAGGUGUUAAUGUUUGUUUGUUUAAAAAAAAAAAAAAAGGAAAAAAAAAAGCAUUUCUGACAUGAGGUUUAACAGUCCCGCUCUGACUCAAACCAGUAGAGGCGGACCUGUUGAAGCCCCCCUAUGUACAUUAAUGGCUCAUGUUACUGCUCUCUUCUUCUUCUUUUCUUUUUUCCUCUCCCCCUUCAUUGUUCUUGUGGGGAAACGUGUACUAAAGUAAACCAGACAGAAUCACAAAUUGUACAUCCUGCCCUGCCCCCACCAUCACCACUAGGCAUUUAGAUUCCCAGUAGCUCCAACUUUUGCCUUUAGCGCUCCCUGGCACUGUUUUAAGCUUGCUCAGCAGUGGGAUACAUUAUACUGUCAGUGUGGAGCUCUCUCAGAUUGAUGAAGUCUGUUUUAUCUGCUCGUAUUUAAGCUCUUAACCCCGUGAACAAUGCUGUGAUGUCUUGUCAUAGUCCAGUCAUCCCCGUGGUAAAUGCUUGGGCCCUUAUGGUUUGCAUUGUCAUGUGAUAACAGCUCAGAGUCCUAUCAGAGAGCCCUGAGGCAUGCGUUUCCAUCUCAUGCCAGCUUGCUUUGUGUGUGGAGUUGGUACUGAUAGUACGCACACAAACGCAGGGAGUUCUAUUGUUGAAAUGGCAGCAGCGUGUCAGGGAUGUCACCAGCAGAGGGCACCGUCACACUGAGAGCAAACGGAUAGAUUUCAGACGGACAGUUACCAGGGAUCAAGUAUCGCCUUAUUGUUUAAGACCUCACCACACCCUCCACCACCACUCUGCACCCACUCACCCACCCUCCACUCCUCUCCCACUGUCAUAACCCACCCUAGACAUCUCCUGAACCAGUAUGCAUCCCUCUUUUCCUUUUAGCUUGAGGGGACGGUAAAUUUCAGAUUCCCUGUCGGAGCAAGGGGACAGUGUUCUUGCAUGCUGGCUUUAACAACAGUGGUGUGUGUGUGCGUGCGCGAACGAACGUGUGUGUGUGAUCGUUCCCUUACUCUGUUAGGAUAACAAGCUGUUGUCUUUCCAAAGGAAUAGUCCCUAGGAGUAACUCUUUAACGCUGUUGCCCUGGUGUCAAGGGAACACCUUUCUAGUACCUCAGUAACAGAUAUUGAAUGUACCGUGCAUACCCUUUUAUUUUUUGUACAGAUUUUCUAGAUACUUCUUUAAUAUUCUUUAACAGAAGGGUUGUGAAAUUGUAGCAGUAAUGACACAAUAAAAAAAAAAACAUUGCCCCGUGAAAUAAAUUGACAGAAUCUUUGUAGGUUCACUAUAGGUCACUGAAAACUCAGGCUUCAAAACCAAUGCGUAUCAUUGCCUUUACCUUUUUAUUUCCUCAUUGUGGAAAUCUUCGCACAAUGCUUUCCCGUAUUUAUACUUCAGACUGUAGUUGAUGUGUUUCCAUCUUACCGGCAAAUGAAAAUGAGGAAAAAAGAAAGGCGGUCGUUGUGUUCUGCUAGUCUUCUUUUACUAGAACAGUAGUUUGUAGAUGCUGUUUUUUAUCUUUAGCCCCCCUUCAUUGUCAAGCUGCUCUAUUUAUAGUGCAUGUGAGGUAAUUCUUUAGAGGAAAUACUAUUGGCUUAAAGAUUUGUGUCAUCUUGCUGUUUUCCUCUGCUCCCUGGCCUUUUUCCUCCCCUCCCAGAGUGUUUCAGCCCAAGUUGCCAUUUUGUCGUGGUCAGUUUCCAGUGAUGUACAGUUUUCCCCUCAGAGUCUAUGAGAGACAUGGAGCAUGUCUGUGUCCUGAGAUGCUAGGCUCCUCUGUCAUGUGAUGAGUAUAUAUUUUUAAAAAUAACCCCAUAGUUCAGAUUAUGAGCAUAAUAGUAAUCUUAAAUUUUGCUGUUGAUGAGGAUGAUUAUAUAUUUUUCAGUUCAGCAGUGCACUGUUAUGAAACCCAUUCUGUUUUAUUGUAGGAUUUCAUUUUUAUGGAUAUGCUGUCUGUGUUCUACAUGUUGUACUGAAACAUUUCAGAGAAAACAAGAGCUCCCCUUCCCCAGUGUUUAUUUUUUUUCCUUCUUUUUUCUUAGUCUGAUCCCGCUCGUCCUUUCCAGCUGAUAUCCUGGGCCUUACUUUUUCUCUCUCCCCGUAAAGUAGCUGUUAUAGAAAGUCGCCAUGGAACCACUCACUGCCUUAAUACAGUUGACCACAGCAGGUGAAGUCAGGAAAAACAUCCAGUGGAAAAAAGAACAGGCCAGGAUCAAGGCCACGCCACAAAAAGCUCUCACACCCCUGCAGGCCUAAAUCCACAGCACCUUGUGUUUCCUUUUCAGUGAUGAACCACAUUUAGCCUUGUUUACACACUUUGUUUUUGUGUCCCUCUGCAACACACAAAUCCAGUGUAAAGUCCUACUGUGCAUUAAAAAGAUAUUUCUUUUUUUUUUUUUCUUAGUUUGUUCUUUAAUAGUUCAGCCCUGGCAGUGUGUAUGUAUGUGCAUCGACUAACAGAUAAGCACAGUGUGUAUGCUCACAAAGCCACAGCUGAUAUUUCACUCAUGGGUGUGAGAAUUCCCCCCUCCAUCUACAGCGACCACCACCACCUCUCUGGGGCUCUUAAAGCUUCUUUCACAUUGCUGGCAGAGCCACGGAGGGGAUGGAGGGAGGGGGUGGAAGGCAAAGCAGACACUGGUGUGGUCUUUCAAAAAAAAAAGAAAAUUUUGGUGAGAAUCGGUCACUUUUUCUCUCUCAGGGUUCAAAUGCACACAUAUCCUUUAGCAGUCGCCCUCUAUCUACUUCGUGUUGCCCUUGUCCAGUUUUCCGCCCUCAGAAUGUAGAAAAACCUCCUGCGUUUUAGAAACCCUUUCUCCUCUUGUUCCUUUUGUGCACAGGUCUGAACUUUUUUCUGUUUUUUUUUUUUUUUUUGGCUUUCUUUUGGCACUGACAUCUAACCAUCUAACAAGGAAUGAAUGAAUGAAUGUUUGAAAGUGACUGUGUGUAAUGUUAAAAUUGGGAAAUGUAUUUUUACAACAUGUGAACAUGUUUUUUCACUCACUCUCAUUGUGAAUUGAUUUUUUUUUUCUUUCACCAGACUGCAAAAACAAAACAUCAAAAACGAAAAAAAAAA